AUGUGAAGGAACCAAUGAACGAGCUGAAACACAGUCUCUCUUCUCUUUCCUUUUGCUUUUUUUUCUCGCUCUUUACUUUUUGGUCUCAACCGUCCGAUCUUGAUCAGUAAUCGCCGAACGCAAUGGGGAGCAUGACCUCCGAUGACGAAGCCUCUGAUCAGCAGAGCGAGAGGUGCGAGAGCUACUCUCUCAGUGCUGACGUCAGCGAGUCCGAGAGUUGUAGUGGCAGUAGCUUUUCCUAUCGGAGAUUCGAUGCCGAAGAAGGAUUUUGUUUUUCGCUACGUAGAAAAAAAAUCCAAGGGGCAAGCGUAAUACUUCAACUCCCGUUGAUGAUCAACCGAGUCCCCGGUUGGCUUCUGAUGCUGAAACAUAUGCUGAGAAAACUUCUACAGAGGUGGAAUCUGGGUUACAAUCAGAUGACAGCUUGGUUCCUGAUACAGGAAAUUAUUUUGCAACAAAUAUUUCUACCAUGGUAAGGAAGAUGGUGCAAAAUAAUACUUCUUCUAU